UAUAUGCAGAAUACUCUGGUAUCCAGAAAAAGGACCAUGAAGGACACAAGGAAGAUGAUGUGCGAUAUAGUUAUUGGUAUUAGUUGUGAACUAUUUAUUCGAUUUCGAUGGAUGCACAAUAGUUGAACUUCAAUGAUAAAGCACCCUAACCACAUCUAAAACCUGAAGAACAGAGGUGUUUGUGUUCCAGCAAGUGCUGUGGAUUUAUUUGUAUGAUGGUUUGUUCAGCUUCUGUUCUCUCACAUAUAAGUAGAGAGUUUGUAAAGAAAUAUCAAAUGACACGAGUUGAAAUACCAAAAAAUGGCUUCAAUGGCAAACUAGCAGAAGUAGAAACACACGAAAGAUUUAUCACAAAAAAAAAGGAAACACAUGAAAGGCUUUACAGGAAACUCCUACAUUCAUUGAGCUAGCUAGAACACUGAAUUUCAAGAAACAGAUGAACGGUUUUACAGGAUGAUUGUGGCUCUGGCAGGAUGAUUUGUGCUAUGGCCGGUUGAAGUUGUUCGCCUUCUGCCCUUCUGUACGCUGAGGACUGAGGUUGAGGAGCCUGUUUGAUCACCCGUGUCAGUGGGCAGGGUUGGGAAUUGAGACGAUUCAAAUCCAUGGGUGCAAUGCCGUCAUGAAAUAAAGGCCGCCAACAGAUCAGGCUCGAAACCUUCUUGCAGCGGACGGUAUUUUUCUUUUCUUUUCUUUUUUCCACCAAGCAAUCUCCUUUCUUGCUCCACGGUCCAAGUAAAUGUUUCAUAUUUAUUUCUCGCUUUUCCUUCUUCUUCCCUGGUCCAAGCUUAAACAUGGCCUUGUCUUUCCCUCCACGCCCGUCGCUCGAGCGUCUUUCUUCUCAAGAAAAGAUUUCGGCAACGUAGCAGCAACAAAGCCAACAGCAACAUCUUCUCCUUCCUCGUUAGCCUGAUCAUCUCUUCUCGUCCCUCGGGAGUGCUUCGUGGAUCGUGAUGGAGGACAAGCAGCUGAGCGCGGUGGCGCCGGCCGUCGCUGCGGCGCCGUCGAUGCACGUGGAGGAGGCGAUGAGGCCCAUGGAGCAGCUGAUCAAGGAGGAGGCGGUCGCGUCCACGGAGCAGCAGCGGGGCUGGAGGACGACGGCGCUGGCGUGGACGCAGUGGGCCAGCAUCAAGAGCAAGGCCCGCGCCGCCGGCGAGUACGCCGUCCUCAGGACCCGCCAGGGCAUCACCAUGUUCGGGGAGCCCAAGCUCGGGCCAUUGGUCAAAGCGACCGCCGCUAACGAGGAGUCCCAUUCCCACUAGGUGUUCUUCUUGAUCCCUGAAGCAGCAAACGAUUUGCAAAUUUCAUAUUAGAUGAGCUAGAUGGUCGUGGUCGUGCAAUGGUCAUGGUUUACUUUUUAGUAGAACAGAAGUUAAUUUUCCGUGAAAGAUUAAACGAGUUUUUUUUUUCUGAUGUGCGAUGUGCCGGAUGCUGUGAU